AUGUCCGACAAAUUCGAUGCUAUCUGGGAGGACCUCCUGGCGGAUUUGAAGACACUCCCUGCUAUCUCGUUUGAUGGAUUCUCCCGUCGAAUUCAUUUCCGAGCUCGCUGGAAUAGUGACUUCAACAGUCUGAGAAAGUACAUUGGCACUGACCAACCAUACCCUGCUGGCGAUGAAAGUCACAACCAGGAGCUUGAUGGCAUGGACACAGGAAAUGACUUCAGCAGGCUGGGGAAUUGGUUCCUUGCUACCGAAUUUAUGAGAAUUGAUGAUGAUGGCUAUUGGCAGGUGGCUAUGGCAGCGCAACUGGCACCGUUUCUCUUCUAUCCUGUCUUUACCCCAGGGGUACUCCGAGGCCUUAUGUCGAUGUGUCUUGCCGAGCAUCUCAAUACUAAAUUCAAAAGCAAUGGCCAUCCCAGCCUCAUGGAGCUGGCAAACACUACCGGCUUCGCAGACUACUUCAUCAACAGAAUACAAACCAAAUCUUUCAUCAUCAACCUUGCCUUGACUGAUCCCACAAGGUCUGAUCAUUUGUUUAGCAUUUCAACCCUUCUGGUCGCGGACUAUCUGUAUUACAAAACUGCAUGGCUUGACAUAUUUAAAUUGUUCUCGAAAGACAGACCAAGCUUUAAAGCACUCCAUGCCUGGUCUCUUGUGACAUGGAAUGAGCAGGAACGGCGCGAUGAAGUGGAGACAGAUAACAUUGUGAAGAACUGUGGUAUAGCCGCGACAAUGGCAUAUUGCUCUGUGCUAGGCUCGCUGUCGACUUUUGACGCACUGAACUUCUUCUACAAGGCAGUGAUGGCUGCGAUUGAUACAGAUUUAUUUCCAGAACUUCGUUCAUACCUCGACAGCAUCGAAGCAAGUUUGAAGAGGUUGAUUGACGAAAAAGCUAUCAUCAACGAAUUUGUAAGCUACUCCGAGAAGCUCUACACGACCUUCUACUACAACAUGUCCGAGAAUUGGCGUGAUGGUGUACGCACCGCAUGGAGAGAACGUAAUACUGGCGCUUUAACAGACUGGAUCAACAAGGUUACGUCCUCGAAUUACAAGAAUCUAUCUCCGCUUAUACCAGUGGAAUUACAAUCUAGCCUUUUAUCUGGAACGAACCUGAAUCUUUCUCAAAGUGAAUCAAAGCAGAUCGAGGCUGUUGCUAACAACAACCGAUUCCUUGUGUCCGCAAAGCCGCCACGAUAUAGCCACGAAGAGUAUGGCACCGUAGCGUCAAAGUCUCUGAAAGUGUGCUCGGUCGGUUUCAACGGUGAAAAGCCUUUCACAACACCUUCGCAGGUAUUCUACACUACUACUGGACUUCGAGCGGUAGACCCCGAUUCCGCCAAAGCGAGUUGUCCACAUGCCCAUAUUGGGCCACUGAGAAGAGGACAUAUUCUCUAUCGCCUGGCUGGAAGUCUCGAUAACAAUGCGUACGAAAUUGUGGAAAUAAGAUCCAUAGAAGUGGGCCCCGAAACAGAGCAGACCGUAUACAGCGUGUCGCUGUGGGCAGGCGAGCAAUCGCAUCACGCGAACGGUUACCUUCUUGCCAUCAAUGAUCCCAACAGAGCUGUGGAAGCCACGGCCCGUGCUCUUCGUGCCCUUCCACCGAAGAAGCGACUCUCACUUCUUGCGUCAUUUCACGAACUCAGUUCGACAUUCACGAAGAACGACAUUCAAGCUAUCCAUGAGCGACUGAAUUACGAACUCUUUGGAAGUUAUGGAAACAGAGAAGAAGGCCCAAUCUCAAGGUCCGAGAUCUUCCCGGCCCUGGUCUCUCCUAGCGACCAGCUGAAGGCGAUGAAAUACAACCCUCGACAGCUACCCAAUGGCAUCCCUCUGGACAGGAUACAAAGAAGAUUUUCGCUGGUCGCAAUAGGCGACGCUAACUUGCCUUCGGCAUACACGCUGCCCGACUUGAGCGUCAUAGAUGACUGUAUUCUUAUAAAUGACUUGCCUCAGAUCAGAUGCAAGGUGAACCGGCAUAAGAGAACAUUUCGAUGGACGCGCAAAGUUCAGGAAGAUAUGUUUGAACAUGGAGUUCUGUCUCUCUACAGCCAUGGGCUGUCAGGCAAGGCAAAGAAGAUCCAGCUGCUUCACGCUAAGCGACAAGCAAGCGAAAAUAAAAGCGACGAUGAAGGGGAAUACAUACCCGUUAUCACAGUUUCAAUGCAAUACGACAAGAGCACCUGGACACCGGAUGAACCAAUAGAUGAACCGAAGGAUCCUAUUUCCGGUAUGGACGUGCAAUGGGGUUUUCUGUAUCCACCUGAUGGAUCCCAGACCACAGAAACGAGAGUACCCAUUCUUGACGAGCUCAGAGACAGACUCAACGAAAAAUACAAUCGAGAGUUCGAGAGGCUUUAUGAUAGCUGGGAGGUAAUACUGGACGACGGUAGGACCAGAGCAACCGUGGAAUUCAACCUUGCCAGCGUCGUACCUUUUAUCUCCGACGCUGGGAUGGACGUCAACACCCUGAAUGUGAAUUUCAAGUCUCAGUUGGGGAUUGAUAUUACUCUUCCGAUUCUAUUCCAGUCAUUAUAUAUCGACUAUGAUGUGGACCUACGCACAGUCAAGGGGGCCAUAUUUGACUACAAUCCUCUGAUGCGUGACACGAAAGGAGAUAGACAUUACAUCUGUGGGACUUCCGACAUUGAUGAUUCUGAGAUCUAUGAUAUGCGAUUGAAGACAUCUAGAGCGUUUGCAGAUUGUGCGAACUUGACUGCGCCGACCUCGGUCAAGUCGGCCUUACAGCCAGCAGAUGUGACCGAACAGUUGCAUCUACUGCAAGAGCCUACAGUUGAUGAGCUUCUCAAUCCGUAUGGCUAUGAUGAGGUUGCACGCGAAGAUUUGACGGGCCAGGCCAAGCCCACAAAUUUAAAUUCGAGUCUGGCAGAAAACCUCCCGUCAGACCUGCAGAAAUUCUUUCGAGAGAAGUACGCCCCCGCGUUUCUAUGUCAGUCGGUAAUGCGAUAUGAAAAGUAUGAAGAUAAUUUCACAGAGCAGGAGAAGAAGAACAUGCGGUACUGGUGGGACGGAAAUGGUGACAAGUGUCUUGCAAAGUCCAAGGAAUAUGCAGAAAUCAACCGCCGGGCUUCUGUUGAGGCAGUUCGACAAUAUAAUAAAGACAUACUGGAUAAAUAUCUCGACGAUAACCCGACGGAAUGGGCCUGCACUCUUUACGCCGCUCUGAAGGAUAAGGGCCGAAUGUUGACGUAUCUAGCACAUCCUAUCCAGGGCAGCGUAAAUGUGAUCAACCGCGAGUGCUGUAUCCUUGACGCAUUGGCACCAUCGGAGGGAAUAGCUGAUCAGUGGUUCGAAUACUUCGUUGGCUUCGCCAGUGAGCGUCAAAUUCACUAUCCAUACAUUGAUCCAGAUGAGGACCUGGCUGGCCAAUGGUUACAUGAUUCGAUGAAGGAUCUCAUUCAACGUGUCCUUGAGGGAGAUCCUUCUGUCGAAGAGGAUGUGCGCGAGGGGUUGGAAAAGGACAUAGAAGAAUUUGAAAAGGCGAAUGGACUUGAUCAAACUGCAACCGCCGAGGCCAGGGCUAGCAAUAUCGUGGAGAAGGGGGCGGUGUUCUUUGCAGAAGCGAAGAAGUGGCUGACUGCGGUGGGCAAGGGCCUGGCGGUUGCUUUGCAAGGCACGAGGCUGUUUCAAUUGGCGGAAGCUAGCUUCGACCAGGUGACAAAAGCUAUCGGUGACAGCUUGCCAGGGCUUAAGAAGCUGAAACCGCUCGCUACGAUAGGCAUGGUCGCGUAUUACGUAUUCCAACUUGCGUCGAGUCUCUAUGGGCUGAUCACAGAUUGGGACACCAUGGAAGACGCUAAGAAAGCAGUGGUAAUAUUAGAAAUGAUAACAACCGUUGUGAAUGGCAUCAGUCAGGCUCGUGAUGCCUGGAAUAAUUACAAAAACAGAGAUACUGCCGCAACUCCAGAGGACGCCUUAGAUACCGCCACUCUUAACCAGGGAGUUGAGAAGUCUGUUUCUGAAAGUGGAGGCGGGCUCGCUGAGAUGUCGGACCAGGUUAAUGGCGAAGGCACAUUCAACGAGAUUGUUAGCGACCACUUGCUCCCAGACGGCCCAGCUACCGAAGGUGACAAUGCAGGACGUUGGAACGAAGGGUCAGAUAAGCUGCCAGACAAUGUCCCAGCGGGUGGGGAGGAAGUGGUGGGAAAGUGGAACGUAUCUGGGAAUGCCGUCAAGAUCCUUAAUGCUUUCUUGGGCAUUGGAUUAGUUAUCGCAAUGACCUUCAGUUUGGUCCAGGACUGGGACAAAUUGACAACGGGAGGAAAGAUCAUCAACACGAUCGCACUGCUUUCGCAAACACUCACCGUGGUUUUGGAUAUUGUGGAAGUGGGCUCAUCCAUUGGACUCUAUACAGUCACAGGGGUAUUUGCCACAGCUUUGCCAAUCCUCGGGGCUGUGCUCGCGGUUCUUGGCAUUGUGAUGAUGCUAAUCAACCUGUUUGUGAACUUGUUCGGUGGCUCCCCACCUCCCGACCCGGUGCAGGAAUUCAUCGACCAUGUAGCCAAAGGCCUAGUUGGGGGAUUUGAAAAGGCACCUCCGCCGAAACUUGACUAUACCAUCCCCAGUGUUACCUAUGAAUCCGGCAAAGUGACAGGCAUCACCAUUAAGGGCGAAAACACCACAGGCGAUGAGAUCAGCAUCCCCAACGCACGAAUAAUUGUGACCAGUGGCAGCGACGACGUCUGUCUGUUCUCUACGAAUGAAUUCGAACUGGUGGAGGACACAGACAGCGAUAAGGACUCGGAUGGACAUCUCUAUGUGACUCCGAACAGUAAAGCCGAGGGCACCUUGUCCAGUAGCGUUCUAGGCGACGAGACGGAGUACCAUGAAUAUGAUCUAGUGGUCGGAGGAAACAAGAAGGAUACGGAGAACAGUUUGCACAAGCUGAUCUUGCGAGCGAAGGAGAGCUUCACUGCAGUCUGGACGGGGAAAAUUAACAAAAGCGGUCGGAGUCUGGUCGAGAUCAUUGAGAAAUCGGAUCUUGACAAAUGCCAUGUCCAGUACACGGUGUUGAGAAUCUGA